CGUCACACAACUAUGGGGCGGGAGUGAGUGUCAUGCCAGGUAUAUAUAACCCCAACACACUGGACCCCACAACACAUCCUCCUGCCUAUCUUCACCCGCCUGUACUAAGAGCCUCCUGUACCACAAUGAUGAGUGUGGUGAUGAGUGUGGUGGUGACAGCGGUGCUGCUAGUGCUGGUCCUUGUUGAGGCCGCGCCUCAGAGUGCUGCUUCUCUAGGCCAGUCUUGCCCGGAGUUCCACUCACAGGUUAUGUCCACCCUGGCACAAGAACUGUGUGAGGAGACAGACACAAGCAAAUGUACCGCCAGCAUGGCCAAGUGUCUGGAGUACCCAAGACCAGCCAAGCCCUCAAACUCUACCAACUGGAAGCAGCGGAUGUUGGCCAACAUCACCACCUGCGCCAACGAGCUGGAUUACAGCUUCACCGCACCUCCCACCUCACAAGACAACCCCAAGGGCGGCAGUGGAAGCAGUACAAGCAACACUGGUAGUUCCACCACUGGUAGUUCCACCACUGGUAGUUCCAUCACUGGUAGUUCCACCACUGGUAGUUCCACCACUGGCUCCAACUGUCCUCACCAUUUCACCCUGGAAAACUAUCUCAAAAAGCUUGGUUUCAGCCAGGAAGAGUUGGUGCCUAUGACCCGCUGUCUUAUGACCAGGAAAGGAACGGUGAGCU